CAGCAGAGGCUGAACCCCAGAGAGGGAGCGACAUCAGUGCGGGGCAGGCUGGGAAUUAUGCGACGCGGAUGCGUCCAGUCCUGUGUCCGCGCAGCAGAGAGACACCGCGGCGCGUCUUUACGCUCAGAGGCCGCCUCGUCCUCACCACCUCACCGCCGUUCUCUCUUCUUUCUCCCACUCCAGUCUCACCUGCGAAGCCCCGACGGAGGACCGCGGAGCUCCUCGGCGCUGAGCGACUCACGGAUGCUCCGGUUAGCCAUGAAGACGCGCGGGGCGCAGUAACUCCUCGCCGACAUAGAGCUACGCGACCAUCACCAUGACCCUUUAAAGUCCAGCCGUCCAUCUCCAAGCAGAAGAGGAGACGAACAGAGAGGCCUUUUUUAAAAAUAUAUAUUUUAUUUUAUUUUAUUGCUCCCUUCAGUCCGCAGAUGGACCGAGUGCCCUUGGCACUGGCCGCUAAGAUGCGCUGGAUCACACUGAUGCUUGCGGGCUUGACUUUCUGGGGGAAACUUUCUAUUUCUAACUGUUUCGACUACGAGGAGCCCGGAUUUGAUUAUUAUGAAGAGGAAAAAGUGGAGAGCAUCGACUACAAGGACCCGUGCAAAGCUGCUGUAUUUUGGGGUGACAUCGCCUUGGAUGAGGAGGACCUGCAGAUGUUCCACAUCGACAGAACGAUAGACCUCAAACAACACACACAUAUGCGUUCACACUCCCGACAGGGACACACUUCAGGAGGCCUUGGGGAACAUGAAGAUGUGAAGAGAGGAUCGUUAUACCUUCUGCUGGAGAGAAUACGCAGAUUUGGCUUUGACUACAUCCCGAAGAAUGAAAGCAAGGGAGCUGCCAGUUCAAAAAGCCAAACCUGGAAAGGUGGGAGUCCUAGCGAGGCGGCGAAGAGCCGUGUUCCUCGAGCGGCCACAUCCCGAGCUGAACGGAUCUGGCCCGGGGGAGUCAUCCCCUACGUCAUCGGAGGAAACUUCACUGGUAGUCAGAGGGCCAUGUUCAAGCAGGCCAUGCGUCACUGGGAGAAACAGACUUGUGUAACUUUCAUUGAAAAGACGGAUGAGGAAAGCUACAUCGUCUUCACCUACAGACCCUGCGGGUGUUGUUCCUACGUGGGUCGCCGUGGCAACGGACCCCAGGCCAUCUCCAUAGGGAAGAACUGCGACAAGUUUGGCAUUGUGGUUCACGAGCUGGGCCAUGUCAUCGGUUUCUGGCACGAACACACUCGCCCCGACCGUGACGAUCAUGUGACCAUAAUCCGGGAUAACAUCCAGCCGGGUCAGGAAUAUAAUUUCUUGAAGAUGGAGCCAGGAGAGGUGAACUCUCUUGGAGAAGCGUACGACUUCGACAGCAUCAUGCACUAUGCCAGGAACACCUUCUCACGUGGGAUGUUCCUCGACACAAUACUUCCAUCCAGGGAUGAGAACGGAGUCCGGCCGGCUAUCGGCCAGAGAACCAGGCUCAGCAAGGGAGACAUCGCACAGGCAAGGAAGCUGUAUAGAUGUCCAGCUUGCGGAGAAACCCUCCAGGAAUCAACCGGUAACUUCUCCUCACCUGGUUACCCCAACGGAUACCCCUCAUACACUCACUGUGUCUGGAGAAUAUCUGUCACUCCUGGAGAAAAGAUUGUUCUCAACUUCACCACUAUGGACCUGUAUAAAAGCAGUCUGUGCUGGUAUGAUUACAUCGAGGUCCGGGAUGGAUACUGGAGGAAGGCUCCGCUGCUUGGCAGGUUUUGUGGAGACAAAAUCCCUGAUGUCUUAAUCUCAGCCGACAGCAGGAUGUGGAUCGAGUUUCGCAGCAGCAGCAACUGGGUGGGCAAAGGCUUUGCUGCUGUUUAUGAAGCCAUCUGUGGAGGGGAAAUUACCAAGGACUCUGGGCAAAUUCAGUCUCCCAACUACCCUGAUGACUACAGGCCCUCCAAAGAGUGUGUGUGGAGGAUCACUGUGUCUGAGGGAUACAAUGUUGGACUUAGCUUCCAGGCCUUCGAGAUCGAGAGGCACGACAGCUGCGCCUAUGACUACCUGGAGGUUCGGGACGGCCCGCUUGAAACGAGCCCGCUGAUUGGCCGUUUCUGUGGCUACGACAAACCUGAAGACGUUCGCUCCACCUCUCACACUCUGUGGAUGAAGUUUGUCUCUGACGGGACGGUGAACAAGGCUGGCUUUGCUGCCAACUUCUUCAAAGAGGAAGAUGAGUGUGCCAAGCCAGACAAUGGUGGAUGCGAGCAGAGGUGUGUAAACACUCUUGGCAGCUUCAAGUGUGCCUGUGACCCUGGCUACGAACUGGCUCCUGACAAGAAGAGCUGUGAAGCUGCCUGUGGCGGUCUUCUGUCCAAGCUGAAUGGAACCAUCAGCACUCCUGGUUGGCCUAAGGAAUAUCCACCCAACAAGAACUGUGUGUGGCAGGUGGUGGCCCCCACUCAGUACCGCAUUUCCAUGCAGUUUGAGGCUUUCGAGCUGGAGGGCAACGAGGUUUGUAAAUAUGAUUACGUGGAGGUGCGGAGCGGCCUCUCGUCCGACUCUAAGCUGCACGGGAAAUACUGCGGCACAGAGGUCCCAGAGGUCAUCACCUCUCAGUACAACAACAUGAGGAUUGAGUUCAAGUCGGACAACACGGUUUCCAAGAAAGGCUUCAAAGCUCACUUCUUUUCAGACAAAGAUGAAUGCAGCAAGGACAACGGCGGCUGCCAGCACGAGUGCAUCAACACGGUGGGCUCGUACGUCUGUCAGUGUCGCCACGGCUUUGUGCUGCAUGAGAACAAACAUGACUGUAAAGAAGCUGAGUGCGAGCAUAAGAUCCACAGCCCCAGCGGGACCCUGAGCAGCCCCAACUGGCCCGACAAGUACCCCAGCCGUAAGGAGUGCACCUGGGACAUCACUGCCACGCCAGGACACCGAGUCAAGAUCGCCUUCAGUGAGUUUGAGAUUGAGCAGCAUCAGGAGUGUGCUUACGACCACCUGGAGGCCUUUGACGGGGACAGCGACGCAGCGGCCAUCUUGGGCCGCCUGUGCGGCAACAAGAUCCCGGAGCCUCUGGUCUCCACUGGGAACAAGAUGUACCUGCGCUUCAUCUCUGAUGCCUCGGUGCAGCGGAAAGGAUUCCAGGCUUCGCAUUCCACAGAGUGUGGAGGUCGUCUGAAAGCGGACGCCAGUCAGAAAAACCUUUACUCCCACUCCCAGUUUGGAGACAACAACUACCCGGGUCACACGGACUGUGAGUGGCUACUGACCACCGAGCAGGGCUACGGCAUCGAGCUCAGCUUCGUAACCUUUGAAGUGGAGGAGGAAGCAGACUGCGGCUAUGACUACAUCGAGCUGUACAACGGAUACGACGCCAAUGCACACCGCUUAGGCCGCUUCUGUGGUUCAGGGCCCAGAGAAGGGAUUUAUUCCCCUGGAGACGCCAUGCUGAUCCGUUUCCAUAGCGACGACACGAUCAGCAAGAAGGGCUUCCACGUCCGAUACACAAGCAGCAAGUUCCAGGAGAACCUUCACGCCAGGAAGUGACUCUACACUCAGCCGGCGACCUCCGCGGCACGGCAACCAGAAAAAUCCGCUUUCUUCCGUCAUCUCUGACCCACGGACAAAGGAGGACGUCCACCAGCCGCCUGACUGGCUGGGGGGUGAGGGGGGAAGGGGGACAGCUGUCGGUGCAAAUAUUUGUUUACAAAAGAACCGUCGAGACUUUGAGACAAAGUGGAAAUGAAAACGAGACAUGGAGGAUCGGGUUUGAGGCGUUGUUCACGGACACAAACGCAAAGGAGCCGCUUACAGACUCGUAUUUUCAAAAACAAACUACGGCUAUGAAGGAGACUAACAAACAGAAUCCAAGCAGCAGUUCUGUGCUGCUCCUGGAUCCCUGAACUGUGCAAUUUACUGUCACCGGACGGCUGCUUCCAUCCACAGGGACUCAGACUGCUCACAGAUGUUUUACUUGCCUUGGAUGGCUGGGAACUGGCCUCUUCAGCCCAGCUCGGAACAGCUGCAGAUACUUUGAUUUCUGUGUAUUGUUAAACCCAACGUGUUUACUGUGAGUGUGUGUGUGUGUGUGUGUGUGUGUGUGUGUGUGUGUGUGUGUGUGUGUGAGGAGAGAACAAACAAAAGGCCCAUGUUGGUCCUUUUACUCUUGGUUGCUCACGGCUCAUGCAGACCAUAG